AUGUCUCAACAGUCAAACCCUCAAUCUCCCACAAAAGUGUCUGUUUCCUCUACUCGUGCUCAAGACGCUAUUAAUGUCCUCACUAACCCUAAUGUGAUUCUUGAGGUCACCCCUUUACAGAUGACUUCUCAAUCGCCUAUUCCUCCCUCUAGGGAAGAAUUAACUAAAGAAGACUCUAGUGACAAUGUUGGUAACUCUAUCCAAGCAAAUGAUGAUAGGAAUGUGAAUGUUAAUGAAGAAAAUGAUGUUGUCAAUAGAAAUGAUGUUGUGAAUAUGGAUGUGCAUGUGGAUGACAAUAAUAUGAAUGAUGAUGUGGAAGAUAUUGUCGGUAAGGACAAUGUUAUUGCUGAUGAUGAUCACACUGAGGUCCAUGUUGGUGAUGUGUACAAUGAAGAGGUACCUAGAAAUGUUUCUGCUGAUAAGUGUGUGAACCACACUGAAGAUAGUCAAACUGAAGAAAAAGAACCUGAGAAGACCCAUGCUGAUAAAGUAAUCAAUCUUGAUGAUCUCUCUGAUGAUGACCUGGUUGCUUCUUUCAAUCCAAGCAUAGCCAAAAGGCUAAUGAGGAGGAAAGGAAAGCAAGAUGUGGUUGAGAAUUCUUCGAAGAAAAAGGUUGUGGCUAAGCCUACUUCUGUUGGACCCAAAAAAUCAUGGACAAAGUGUGACAUUCAUCCCAAGAAGAAGGUCUCUACUAGCAAGCUUGCUUCUAGUGUCCCUGAAGUACCUAUUGAUAAUAUUUCUUUUCACUAUCCAUCCAGUGUACUCAGAUGGAAAUUUGUCUAUCAGAAAAGACUGGCCUUAGAGAGAAAUCUUGCUCAGAAUGCUCUAGAGUAUGAAGAGAUUAUGAAUCUCAUUCAUGAAGCUGGACUGAUGAAAACUGUGACUCAAUUCUCUAAGUGUUAUGAAGUCCUUGUGAAGGAGUUCAUUGUGAACUUACAUGAAGAUUGUGGCAAUAAGAAAGCUAAGGAGUACUUGAAAGUGUUUGUUAGGGGAAAAUGUGUUAACUUCUCCCCCACUGUGAUCAACAAAUUUCUGAAAAGAUCCAAUGAAGCUCAACCAGAGCUGGAAGUAUCUGAUAAUCAAAUGUGCAAAGUAAUUACUGCCGGACAAGUGAAGACAUGGCCUGUCAAAGGAAAGCUGAAUGCUAGCAAACUAAGUGUGAAGUAUGCUAUACUUCACAGGAUAGGAGCUGCCAACUGGCAAACUUUAAAGCAUGCUGGUAGCUAUAGUGUUAAAGGCCCCAUUGCCUUUCCUUCCCUUAUUUGUGGAAUCAUCUUGAAUCAAUUUCCUAAUAUUCUGAAUGACAAAGAUUUUGUGUGCAAAAGAGAAAGUCCUUUACUCUUUCAUCAUAAGAUCUUUCAAGGAACACAUGUUCCUGAUGUUAUCACAACAUCAGCUGGAACAUCCAAAGAUAGCACAACUACAAGUAAAGCUGCUAUGAUUGCAAUACUCAGAGAAACAUGUAAGGAGCUAGAGUCCAGAAAACUGGCUCUUGAAAAAUUGAUCAGCUCCCUUGAAACGGAUGAAGGAGCUGAGUCUGCUGAUACUGAUGUGGAUGAACAGGGUGAAAUUGAUGGUGAAUCAGAUAGAGAGAUUGAGAAAGAAGCCAGUCCUGAUGAUGGAACUGAUGAGGAUGUUGGACUCAGCAACUCUGAGUCCGAAGACUGA